CCCUAUUUCUCGUUUGCCCUCAGAGACUGAACCUCUCAGAGUACCCAAAAAAAAAAAAAAAAAAAAAAAAAAAAAAAACCUCAAGUGAAGUGAAACACAUCAGUCUACCCAGACGCCGCGUCGGGUAAUGGAGACCCGCCGAAGCCAGCGGCUGCCUUCACCUUCUCCGGCAAAAUGCCACCGCCAACGAAACGCCACCGUUUUCGUUUCAGCGACGGUCAGAUGAGACUACCCAAUAGCAUAAUUUUGCAAUUCGACCUCUCAAAGUGUGGAACUUUCGCGAACGCGCCACCAACUCUGUCCUGCUUUUUUCUCACUCGGGUGCUCGGUAAUGGCGACCAUCAACACCACCACGCAGGAAGUGGGGGUUCUGGGGGUGGACACGUCAGCAUCGGCGGACGAGGCGGCGGCGAAAGCCGUGCACAAGAGGUACGAAGGGCUUGUGAUGGUACGGACGAAGGCGAUAAAGGGGAAGGGGGCUUGGUACUGGGCUCACUUGGAGCCUAUGUUGGUCCACAACACUGACACUGGGCUGCCCAAGGCGGUGAAGCUCCGGUGCACCUUGUGCGACGCCGUUUUCUCCGCCUCGAACCCGUCCCGCACCGCCUCCGAGCAUUUAAAGCGCGGGACUUGCCCCAAUUUCAACUCCGUCGCCAAACCCUUUUCGUCCCUCUCGCCGUCCUCCACCAUCAACUUGCCUCCGUCGCCCGCACCUGUCCACCAUAACAGCCGCAAGCGGAGCUCAUCUACCGUUUCCUUUUCGGCUUCGACGUCGUCCUACCAUGUUCCGCCGCUCGCGAUAGUGGACCCGACCCGGUUCUGCGGCGAGCUCACUUACUCUCCGGUGACCGUGACGGCGCAUACGGCGGUGACCCACCAGCCGCAUUUGGUGUUGUCGGGUGGGAAAGAGGACUUGGGAGCUCUGGCGAUGCUGGAGGACAGCGUUAAGAAGCUCAAGAGCCCCAAAACUUCACCUGGGCCAACGCUGAGUAAGACUCAGGUGGACUUUGCGCUUGAUUUUCUGGCCAAUUGGGUGUUUGAGUCUUGUGGGUCGGUGUCGUUUUCGAGCCUCGAGCACCCAAAGUUCAGAGCUUUUCUCAACCACGUGGGUCUGCCGGCGUUUUCCCGGCGGGAGUUCACCGGGUCGAGACUCGAUGCCAAGUUUGAGGAAGCAAAGGCUGAGUCCGAGGCUCGAAUUCGUGACGCCAUGUUCUUUCAGAUUGCUUCUGAUGGGUGGAAGAACAAGAGCUUUGGUACGUUUGGGGAAGAUGGUCUUGUAAAUUUGACUCUGAAUCUUCCCAAUGGGACUAGUUUGUACAGGAAGGCGGUGUUUGUUGGCGGCUCUGUGCCUUCGAAGUACGCCGAGGACGUUUUGUGGGAGACAGUGACAAGCAUUUGUGGGAAUGUUGUGCAGCAGUGUGUAGGAAUAGUAGCAGACAAGUUUAAAUCCAAGGCACUGAGGAACUUAGAGAAUCAGAAUCACUGGAUGGUUAAUCUUUCUUGUCAGUUUCAGGGGUUCAAAAGUUUGAUUAAGGAUUUCAGUAAGGAACUUCCGUUGUUUAAGGAUGUCACCGAUAAUUGUUUUAAGAUUGCGAACUUCGUGAAUAACAAGUCUCAGGUUAGGAGUAGCUUUCAUAAGUAUCAGUCCCAGGAGUAUGGUCAUGCUGGGCUGUUAAGAGUGCCGUUGCGUGAGUUCAAAAUGCUUAACUAUGGAGUAGUGUAUGUAUUGCUUGAGGAUAUUCUGAGCUCAGCCAGAGCACUUAAGUUGGUCCCGCUAGAUGAGUCUUAUAAAGUUGCAUCCAUGGAGGAUCCAAUGGCUAGAGAAGUCGCCAAGAUGAUUGGGGAUGUGCGGUUUUGGAAUGAAUUGGAGGCGCUGCAUUCGUUGGUUAAGUUGAUCAAGGACAUGGCUCAAGAGAUUGAGACAGAGAGGCCGCUGGUUGGUAAAUGCCUCCCACUUUGGGAUGAACUAAGAACAAAAGUGAAGGAUUGGUGUGCCAGUUUCCACAUUCCAGAAGAACCGGUGGAGAAGGUGAUUGAAGGGCGGUUCAGGAAGAAUUAUCAUCCUGCUUGGGCGGCUGCGUUUAUACUUGAUCCGCUCUAUUUGAUUAGGGACACUAGUGGGAAGUAUCUUCCACCAUUCAAGUUGUUGAGGCCAGAGCAGGAGAAGGAUGUGGACAAGCUUAUAACCCGGCUUGUGUCGAGGGAGGAGGCCCAUAUAGCACUAAUGGAACUCAUGAAAUGGAGAACAGAAGGGCUUGAUCCGGUAUAUGCGCGUGCUGUACAGAUGAAGGAGAGGGACCCCAUUACAGGGCAGAUGAGAAUUGCCAACCCACAGAGCAGUAGGCUUGUGUGGGAAACACACCUCACCGAGUUUAAGUCACUAGGGAAAGUUGCAGUUAGGCUCAUCUUCCUUCAUGCAACGUCGUGUGGGUUCAAAUGCAAUUGGUCUCUAUUGAGAUGGGUGUCUGCCCAUGGCCACUCAAGGGUGGGAAUGGACAAGGCACAGAAAUUGAUAUUCAUUGCAGCUCAUUCCAAGCUCGAAAGGCGGGAUUUUUCCUGCGAUGAAGACAAGGAUGCGGAGCUACUUGCCUUAGCAAAAGGUGAGGAUGAUGUGUUGAAUGAAGUUCUUGUUGAUGCAUCCUCAGGUCUAGCUCUUGCGGUCCCUAUUUGCCUAGGUGGAGGGCAGUCCGUAUUUGCCUAUGUGCAGUUCUCAUUCCACAUCCUCAUACCAAGACGACAAAAUGAAAGCAUUUGACAAAGAUAUCGUUGGACUGGAGAGGGCACCCUAAAAUGGUUGGUGGUUAGCAUAACCAUUUGGACUAUGACAAAAGAAGAGUUUGCCAAAAAAGGAUCCAAGAAAGGAUUUUUGACCUGAAAUUUUCGGCAAUGAAGUUUUGUUCGCAGAGAGGGGGAAGCCGAGGGAGCUUUUGCAAAAUUGCAGUGAUGGGUUUUUUGUGAAUAGCAAGCCAGAGUUUCACAAUGUGUGGAGUGGGGGUCAACACUCAACAGAUGGAGAGCCUUGUAAAAAAGAAAAACCUGAAGCAUAAAAAGCUUUAGAGCUGGAGAAGCACAUACCGCAUAGACAAUCCCUUUCCUUUUGGUUCUGGUUUUUGUGUUUGAAAAAGUGGAGUUCCCACAUCACAAAUGCGAAAACUGAGAAGUGAGAAGUGGAAGUCGUUUUCCGAGCUUUGGUUUUGGCCAUGGAGAUUGGAUCAGGGAGCUUUCGUUUUCCAUGAUUUGGGUGCGGACUGCGGCUCCCCAGUAAACAAAAAAAUGUGGGAGGUCCUGGGUUUGAUGCUCUGAGUUGGAGAGUCUACUUGACUGUGGCUAUGGACAUGGUGAAAUUCCCCAUAGCCUCUCCGGAACCAGAAGGGCUGGAUAACUAUGGCUUACCACUAAUUGUCCUUUUUUUUGUAAAAGAAAAAGAAUCAAAUGAGAGAGAGAGAGAGAGAGAGAGAGAGCUAUAUGUGUUUUUUUAAGGGUAACUUAUCUUUUAAACUUUGUAAAACUUGAUGAAUGAAAGUUGUUCUUGCAGAGUAGUUAUUGGGUGGAUGCUGCCCAUGAUUGCAAGGAAAGGUGUUGAAAAAGAAGCCAAGUGUAAAAGAAGACUGUCGGCAUGAAGCAGCAGAGAAGAUGCCUGAGAAUGAUGCCACAACCAGUUAACCAAGUUUGGCAUAUUUUUGUGGUCCUUGUUUAAGGUACUCUUUGAGUUGAAAGUUAUAUUUUUAACAUGUAGUGGUCAUGGAAAUUGGUGUAUUUAUCGGCAUCCUUUGAUUUUAUGCCUUCUGGAUGUAUGACUAUUUGGUUAUUAUUAAGUUAGUGGUGGUGCAUUUUUGCUCACCAUCCUCGUGUGAUAGUAA